CCCUUUGCUUGCCUGGUCGCUUGAGGGCGGCAGUGUCGCGAUGCGGUGAGCAGGACCGGGGCUCGCUCGGCGGAGUCCGCGGAGAUCAAAGGCAGCGAGCUGACUCCACAAUGUCCGAGUGAUGGGCUGCGGGACGAGUAAAGUGCUGCCAGAGCCGCCGAGAAACUGCUACGUGGACUUUGUGAAGACAGUGGUGAACUGCAAGUCCAAGGUGUAUGAUGAGGGGACACACAACGCGGGAUCCAAGGGACUGGGCAGUGGGCAGAGCGACGGUGGUUGUCCCGAGGCAGCAAGUAAAACCAAAGUGGCGAAGUACCGAGCCAAGUUUGACCCGAAAGUCACAGCAAGGUAUGACAUCAAGGCUCUUAUUGGAAGAGGAAGUUUCAGCAGGGUGGUGAGAGUUGAACACAGGGCCACCAAGCAGCCCUUUGCCAUCAAAAUGAUUGAGACCAAGGCAAAAGAAGGAAAGGAAGUUUGUGAGUCGGAGCUCAACGUACUCAGAAGGGUCAGCCACCGCAACAUCGUCCAGCUGAUUGAGGUCUUCGAGACUCAAGAUCGUAUUUACAUGGUGAUGGAAUUGGCGACUGGUGGAGAACUUUUUGAUCGUGUCAUUGCCAAGGGAUCGUUUACAGAGAGAGAUGCCACGAGGGUACUGCAGAUGGUUUUGGAUGGGAUAAAGUACCUACACACCUUGGGGAUUACACAUCGAGAUUUGAAACCGGAAAAUCUACUUUAUUACCACCCGGGAUCAGACUCCAAGAUCCUCGUCACUGAUUUUGGACUAGCCAGUUCUGGGAACAAAGGCGGAGAUUGGUGCAUGAGGACCACUUGUGGUACACCAGAGUACAUAGCACCGGAGAUCCUACUGAGGAAACCUUACACCAAUGCUGUUGAUAUGUGGGCUUUGGGUGUGAUCUCUUACAUUUUGCUGAGUGGAACUAUGCCAUUUGAAGAUGAAAACCGGACAAGGCUUUACAGGAUGAUCCUCAAGUGCAAGUACAGUUAUGUAGGUGAGCCAUGGCCAAACGUGUCUAACCUCGCCAAGGACUUUAUUGACCGGCUGAUCACAAUAGACCCUAAUGAGAGAAUGGCAGCUGCUCAAGCAUUGAAACAUCCAUGGGUUGUGACAAUGGCUGCAUCAUCUUCCAUGAAAAACCUCCACCGUUCCAUCUCCCAGAACUUGAUGAGGAGAACAUCCUCCUGCUGUCAAAGCUCGAAGUCAGCAGAGACCACCAAAUCUAGUCGCUCCAGCAAAUCACGCCGUUUGCGUGAGAAGGAAAUCCGGGAAUUUAACCUGUGGUACCAGCAGCACAUGGAGCAAGAGUAAUUAAAGGGUUACCAUCCAAUUUGUUAUUAAGCUAACUAUUAUUUUCUCCCCCUAAAAAAAACAUAUUGAAAUAAAACUAAAUUUUCAUUAGUUGGUUCAUCACUUAGAAUUUUUUAAGUGAUAUUAAAAGAAUUCUACAUAGUCUGAAGACUACAGCUAUAAUUCUCCACUGAACAAUGCUUAUAUCAAAUUAAAUAGGCUCGUUGGUAUUUAGCAUUUGUUUUUAUUCAUCAAUAGAGACUACUGUAUAUACUUAUGCAAUGAGAUGUAAAAUUCAAACUUUGUUAAUGUUUUCUAAUACUGAUUUUCCUUUAAAAAUAUUGCUUAGUCUACUUUAAUGCCAGUCUUUUCAUGGAAGGAGCUAAGCAGAAUGAGCCAGUUUUCUUCGCCUAUGAGAACAGUCCGACAACUGAACUAUUCCAAUGGUUAAUCCUAUUAUUGAUAAUUAUUAGCGUGUUAGAUGAAAAAUCAAAGGCUUUACAAAGCUGAUAAAAUAAUUCAGGGAAAGACUCAAGAAAAUCGAUUGGGUUAAUCUACUGUAUGUAGGACCAAGAAGAAAAUGAAUGCCUUGAAUCUUUUUGUCCCUUUUGGAGCAGCAUGUUGCAGUUCUUCUGUUAGCCUUCUGGGUUGAUGUGCUGAAAGGAAGAAAAUGAAGCCCCAAUUGAUAAUUGAAAAUUGUACUACAUUGAGUGAAUAUCCUGGAGCAUUUUAAAAGGAGUCAUCUAACUCAAGUUCCUUUGGGAGUCUUGUUGGACAAAUUAAAGCUAUGUAGGUAUGUUUUCUUUGAAAUAUUUCAAACCAAACGAAGAGUCAGUCAAGAUCCUUGUGAACUGCACAUAGGAAGAAAUGUCUGAAGUUAUUUACAUGAACUGUGGUGCAUUUCAUAACUAAAUGGAGACUGGCGUACCUGCUUCUGUGGCGCUUUGAAUGAGUAAAGCAGUAAUGGCAAAACAGAAAUUUAAACAAAUAAUAUUCAUUGAACCAUUUCAUUCCAAAGUUCAGUGAAAUUGAAAGAUUUUUUAGAUCUCUAUCAAAUGUAAUAUGAACUACCUCUAGAAACUAAUUACACCCAGUAACCUUCCAUGGCUCCAAGUAUGAUUUUAAAACAAAUCUGCACUGCAAGGCCAUCCUUAACACACAUUUACUUGUUAUACAGCUGACUUGCUAUGGGAAGAUUUAAGCCAAUAACAAGGGCUUUAUAUAAUUAUAGUGGAGGGUCAUGGCACACUCAUCAUGUAUCCUAACCUGUCUGCCAUUUUAAUCAGGCAGAAUUCAGCAGAGUUAAGGCUAGAUUGGCGAGGACCUGUAAAAUACAAUACAAUGCUUGUGAUAAUUCUAAAUUUGGAGAUCAGGAGGCAAGUAGUGUCAACCCUGCCACACAACUUGUUUGGGAGCAGCCUUAUGGCCACUCAAGACUGUUUCACAUUACUCUUGGGGCCUUUGUUUUGAAAAUGAACCAAUUAGCACCCUUUUUAUGCACAACUCAAACAAACAAAAAGAUUUAAUUUGGUGUAAAUCACACUAGCAAUAAUUUCCCAGUGAAAAUGUAUCCAUCACGAAAUUAUACCAGGUACUUCCAUACAUCUUUUAUAUCAGCAUAUUUUUCAGUAUCAAACAUGCACCUAAUAAUGUCAUUAUUUGCAUAACGGCCAUUUUCUCAUAAUAUCUAUCUUUGUCCCUUGAGUGCCUCAGGCUGUUCCAUCAUGGUGUAGAUCACCUUGAGACUGCCGAGGACCAGAGAGUGGCCUCUAUCUGUGCCAUCACCUCAGCAGUAGUUUAUGUAUGUCAGUUCCCCAGCAGAGAAGUGAACAGAUCCCAUGAAGAGGAAGUCAUUAUCUCCUAGCUCCUAAAAAGAGCUUGGAAAUGCACUUCACCAUGCUCACAGUCAUUUCCUGCAUUUGCUGAAACAGACCUGGCAUGCUGUUAACUAUUUCUUUGUGAUCCAUUCCAUCAACCCCGAUCAUCUUCCAAAACAGACUUUAUUGGAGCAUUACUGGUGUGCAGAUCCCAUACCUUUCUACAACUUCCAACACCCAAAUGCAGCCCACUAAUACCCAUUUUAUCACUCAAAAAUGUGUUCCCUCUGAGCUAUUUGCUCAUACCUCAUUUUGACAUACUUGAAUUUUUCUUUGGCUUCAAGCACCCCACCUGACUGUGCAAAUGCAAACGUUGACUGCAUAACCACUGAGGUUUGGAUCACCUUGGUCCUGGAGUAUAACUACCAUAUGUUGAAAAACAUCUCACUAGUUUUGAAGAUUAGCUUUUUGGUUGUGCCAGUGAUUUCACAGAAGCACACAAGACUCUUGUCACACACUCAACACUAACUCAACAUACUUCUGCUGCAUGGCACUUACAUCCAACAAUCAAGGUUCAUAGUAAGCAUGGAACAUUUACAGUAUCAUGAGAGUCAAUUUUAGGUGAAAAUACAUGUUGAUAAUGAAAUUCAGCAUCAUCAGCAAAGUGCCAGAAUCAUUGGUUAAUUUAGGAAAAAGGUAUUUGAAGAUCAAGAUCUGGCAUAAAACUCAUAGCCUACCACCUAGCUGUGAUCCAUGACUUCCUGCAUGCUUCCAACAUUUAGACUAUCUAUAUCAAAUCUUAAGGCACUGAAAAAAACCACCAUCGAUCCUUCCACAAAAUCCUCCAAACUCACAGGAAGGAUUAACAAACCAAUGUGGCUGUCUUCACUUAGGCCAACAUCCUCAGUGCUGAGGUACUAAUUACGCUCUAUAAGCUGCUUUGAGUGGAUAGGCUAUCUUGUUCACAAACCUGACAUCAGAUUUUAGAACACACAAUUGCAGGCUCUAUCAAGGCAAGAGGAUACCAGGUGGGCAAAUGAAAUCUUUUAAGAAAUUACUCAAAGCCUUUUAAAGAAAUAUUACAUUUCAUUUUAUAUUCAUUUUAAUGCAAGUUUCUGAUUCCAUAUCACCCUCACACUCAUUUAGAAACCUUUCUGGACAACUUCAUUUUUUUGCUGAGUUCAACACAAAUAAUGAUGAAUUUACCUCAUCAACUAAAAAUGAAUUCUAAUUUCUAGGCCUGCCUUCACGUAGGAAGGCAGAAAAUUUGGCCAUGACGCAUCCUCAGGGAACCAGUUGGAUUGAAAGAGUUUGGAUUCCAUAAGUUUAUUUUCUUUUCAAAAGUUAUCUCUGAGCUUUCUUAAUCUUGAAUAUUGUAAAUCAAUAAUUGGAUAGAUAUAUCAAAGAUAUGACAUGUCUAUCAUAGCAAAAGUACAGAUGAAUUCAGUAACUUGGUAACCUUGGGUUAUUAAAGCUAGCAUUGUGCUUGUUAAAUACAAUCCAAAUUUAAUCUCUGAUUCUACUGAGCUAGCUGAUCCCAGCCAAGCUACAUUGAAAGAGGAGAAGUUUGACAUUACAAACCAGCACACCUUACUUGGAGAUCCUAUACAAUCUACAGUUACAUAGAUUGCUAAAAUGAUAAAGGCUAUUUUAUGAAUUAAGUGAUCACAGCCGUAAAAUGCUGAAGAAUGGGCACUGAGUCACAAAUCUGUUUCUGUAAAUGGUUGGGAAAGUGGGCAACAAAUGUUGAUAGACAAAGUAAAUGUUUUUUUUAACUUUAAGUUUAUAUGACCAAUGCCAGUCUCCAUUUGCUGUUGGAUUGAGAUUUACUGCUAUUGUACAGCAGCAUGGCAUUAACAAAAUGGAGAUAGUAUGACUGGUGAGCAAUUAAAUUAAUGUCACUCUCAAAUUGUUGCAGAUUCUUCAGUCUAUUACUAUGUAAUCAUGCAGCGAUUAUUUUGUUUUGUCUUUGAUGGAACAUUGUGAUAGAACAAAUUUUCCAUUUGGGAGAAUUCAUGGUCUUGAAUGUCAAUCCUGACUUGAACGAACACAAUAAAACUUUUUUUCUAAAUUUC